AUGACUGCGGUAUCUGGUGUAAUUUCCCGUCAAGUUCUACCUGCUUGUGGCAAUCUUUGUUUCUUUUGCCCUUCCUUGAGGGCAAGGUCAAGACAACCUGUCAAGAGGUACAAGAAGCUCAUUGCUGACAUUUUCCCUCGUAACAAGGAUGAAGGGCCAAAUGAUAGAAAAAUAGGAAAACUAUGCGAUUAUGCCUCCAAAAAUCCUUUACGCAUCCCAAAGAUUGUGAAUGCCCUUGAGCAAAGGUGUUACAAGGAGCUACGAAAUGAGAACUUCCAUUCAACAAAAAUAGUCAUGUGCAUUUACAAGAAAUUUCUGUUUUCUUGCAAGGAACAAAUGCCACUAUUUGCUAGUAGCUUGCUAAGUAUUAUUCACACGCUGCUGGAUCAAACAAGGCAGGAUGAAAUGAGAGUUAUAGGAUGUCACAUUCUUUUUGAUUUUGUAAAUAAUCAGAUUGAUGGAAGUUACCUGUUCAGCUUAGAAGGUGUUAUCCCAAAGCUCUGUCAAUUAGUUCAAGAAGCAGGGGAAGAUGAAAGGGCGAGAACUAGUCGUUCAGCCGGUUUGCAAGCCCUUUCAUCGAUGGUUCGGUUUAUGGGUGUAAAUUCACACAUAUCAGUUGAGUUUGAUAAUAUUGUUUCUGCUGUCUUGGAAAACUAUGAAGUUCCUAAGAAAAAUUCAGCAGGCCUUAAUCACGAGGAAGAAGGUCUUGAGAAUAGGUCGGUCCAAGACGUGAUGACAAAUGAGGGUCAAAUUUCUCCAUUGCUGGAUGUCAAAAAGAGAAAUCGAAACUGGAGUGAAAUUGUUAAUGACAAAGGCGAAGUAAAUGUAGCAAUGGAAGAUGAAAAGAAUCCCUCUUUUUGGUCUGGGGUUUGCUUACAUAAUAUGGCCAACUUAGCCAAGGAGGGGACUACCAUACGGCGUGUGAUGGAAUCUUUGUUCCGAUACUUUGAUAAUGGAAAUCUAUGGUCUAUAAACCAUGGCCUAGCCUUUUCUGUUUUAAAGGAUAUACUAUUUUUAAUGGAUGAUUCUGAGAAAAACACACAUGUUUUGUUGUCGAUGUUAAUCAAGCAUAUGGAUCAUAAAAUUGUCCUUAAAGAUCCCAACAUGCAGCUAGACAUUGUUGAGGUAACCACUGCGCUUGCCCAAUAUGCAAAGGUCCAACCUUCUGUAUCAAUAAUUGGUGCAGUAAGUGACAUGAUGAGACAUUUACGGAAGAGCAUACACUGUUCCCUAGAUAACUCAAAUCUGGCUGCUGACACAAUCAAUUGGAACAAGAAUUUCAGAAAAGUUGUGGAUAAGUGCCUUGUACAGUUAUCAAAUAAGGUUGGAGAAGCAGACCCAAUUCUUGAUGUUGUGGCUGUGAUGUUAGAGAAUAUCUCAACUAUAAUGACGACAUCCAGAGCCACAGUCUAUGCUGUCUAUCGGACUGCUCAAAUUGCAGUCUCCUUUCCAAAUAUGUCCUGUCAGAACAAGGCAUUCCCUGAGGCAUUGUUUCAUCAACUACUCCUGGCUAUGGUCCAUCCAGAUCAUGAAACACGAGUGGUAGCUCACCGCAUCUUUUCUAUCAUUCUUGUGCCAAACUCUGUAUACCCUCGUCCAUGCUUGUCUGUUUCUCACUCUAAGGCAGUGGAUGUUCCACGAUCACUCUCGAGGGCAGUCUCUGUUUUCUCCUCUUCAGCUGCUUUAUUUGAGAAGCUAAGACUGGAGAGACGUUCUUCAAGUGAAAAAUUAAGUCAAUAUAACAAAGAAGAUGUUGCUGGAGAGAUCGAACCAGCUAAUAGCAAUGGUGGGAUCCUAAACAGAUUGAAGUCAACCCAUAGUCGGGUAUCUAGUGUGAAUAACCCUCCUCUACUAACUGAGGUGAAUAAAAUUACUGCAAACAAUGAUAGUCGGAACUUGGAGUCUGCUGCUCUCAGGCUGAGUAGGCAUCAGAUAAACCGAUUGUUAUCAUCAAUUUGGGCACAGUCUAUCUCUCCUGGAAAUAUGCCUGCAAAUUAUGAAGCAAUUGCUCAUACAUACAGCUUGGUGUUGCUUGUGUCUAGAGCUAAGAAUUCUUUUCAUGAGGUACUAAUUCGGAGUUUUCAGCUUGCUUUUUCCUUGUGGAAUAUUUCUCUUAAAGAAGGGCCUUUGCCACCAUCUCGUCGGAGAUCACUCAUUACUUUGGCAACUACCAUGAUUAUGUUUUCCUCAAAAGCAUACAACAUUGUCCCUCUUGUCAAUAGUGCCAAGGAAGUGCUUACAGAGAGAAAGGUUGACCCUUUCCUACAUUUGAUUGAAGAUCACAAAUUGCAAGCUAUCAGCUUUGCACCUGAUGAACUGACCAUCAACUAUGGAUCCAAAGAAGAUGAUGAUAGGGCCUUAGACACGCUUUCAGAGUUAUUAUCUUUCAUACACCAAACACGGGAACUCUUUGCUUCUGAAAUCAUUAAGAGCUUUGAAAUUUUUUCAAAAGCUGAAUUAUCCUCAAUAAGGGAGAAGCUGCUUGAAGAAUUCUUACCAGAUGAUAUGGGUGAACUUGGAUCUCAAUUGACCAUGAAUAUACCCAAAAUGGAUGCUUCAGUCGUUUCAAUUGAUGAUGACCUUAUUCCUGAUUCAUUUGAAAGUCAAAUAAAACACAAUUCAGGAUUGUCUAUCGAGGUCCCUAGUUUAUUGAGUGCUGAUCAACUUUUAGAAUUAGUUUUGGACACUCCUCAUCAAGCUGGGAGGAUUUCUGUAUCAACUGCCUUUAAUAUGCCUUACAAGGAUAUGGCUGAUAACUGUGAGGUACUUUUGAAGGGAAAGCAGAAAAUGUCCAGAUUGAUGAGUAGUACCCAACAGAAGCAAGAAUGUUUAGUUGACUUCCCUUUACCAAAUCAUGACGAUGAAUUGAAAAAUAUGGAUUCCUCUUCCCAUAUGGAUUUUCAUAAGGUGGGAAAUUCUCUCUUUGAUGAGAACACUGCUGUGGAUUUGUACAAACCAACUUCUGACUCUCUUCCAAUGCUGUGUGCAACUGAGAAUCAGAAUCAACCUUUCUUUUUCAAACUGCCAGCAGCAAGUCCUUAUGAUAACUUUCUGAAAGCUGCUGGUUGUUGA